AAAAACGCCUAAACAUAAUGCUCUCUUUAGCCGUGAAAAUCCCCGAGGUGGUGAGAAUACCAGCACCAAAAGAAGAUGAUAGCUUGGACCAGGAAAUCAUGUUCGAGGCCGACAAUGAUGCCUGUGACGUCAGAGAGGUAAUUGUCAAUGGAAUCAGUUUGGAGCAAUCCGCCAGAAGAUCAACUGCAGUCAGCCAAGCUAUGUUUCAAGUCACCCAGAACACCAUAAACAUCCACAUAGGUCCAUUCUUGGAAGCGUAUGCCGGCACAUACCAGGCCAAGUUCGCGUGUGGAGAAGAAACCAUUACUAAGAACAUUAUGGAGGUCUCAUUGGGAGAAAAUUCUGAUGGCGGAGGGUCAAAUUUGGAUGACGAUACACAUAAAUCUGAAUCCGAUACCGAAGGCCAUGAUACAAAAGAUGGCGGUAAAAACGAUAAUGAAGGUGGUGGUGGCGGUGGAGGCGGUGGAGGGGGUGGAGGGGGUGGAGCAUCCCCAGGCGUCAAGUUAGACCUGUACGAGGCGUCCUGCACGUUAGCAGGAGAGUGCAAAGAAGAAAAAACAUACGACUGCGAAGGCUGCACUCUCAAAGGUGUAAAAUGCAACGAUGCUGGCGCUGAUGCUGCCAAGGUCGUGAUUGAUGCAGAUAAUAAGAAGAUCGUUUUUGACUUCAAAGGGUUCGCAGACACGGACUCUUGUGUCUACAUGGGCGAGUUUGAUGUAAACGGCAACGCGCAUAGCCAACCUGUGGCCGUUAUUGACAACGUCACCCUGGAAAAACAAAAGAAGAAAGCAAAGGACGGCGAAGCUGUGGAGGAGACAAUCACAUUCACGGCUGAAAAGAAAACUGAAGUAGCGGAGAUUCGCGUUAAUGGACUGGUUGUAGAAAAGAAAGGGGACAAACCGGACGUCCCAUCUUAUGAGGUGGACGACGAGAAGAAGACCAUAAAGAUCUCCGUUCCCAAACUGUCUGCGCAAUAUGCGGGGCACUACCAAGUGAAGUUCAAGGUGGGAGAGGACGCGGACGCGGCCGAUGUUACCAAGACCGUUUUGGAGGUCGAAAUGGAAGCUGGGGCUUCCGGUGCUAAAGCUACAAGUCAAGAUGGAGGCAAAAGCGAAAGCGACAUCAAGCUAGAGAUUUCAGCCAAGGCCUGCACAGUAGACGCCAAGUGCGAAGUUGCUGAAAACUCAUACACCUGCGAAGGCUGCGAGUACAAGGGUGUGAAGUGUAACGGGGCUGACGCAGCUGCUGAUAAAGUCAAGGGUGAUGCGGCGGCUAAGAAGAUCACUUAUGCGUUUGACAAGUUCGCAGACACGGACGCUUGUGUGUACAUGGGGCAGUUUGAUGUAGGCGGCAAAGAGCACAACCAACCAGUAGCUGUUAUUGAGAACAUUACGAUCGACGGAGAAGUCCAAAAGAAGACUGCAAAACCAGAAGAAGAGUUUAAAGCAACCAUCACAUUUAAGACUGAAAAAGAAGGAGUUGAUGUAGAGGCGAUUAAUGUUAACGGGAACCCCGUGGAAAAGAAAGCGGGCGAAGGUUUCGAGGUGGACGCCGCCACAAAGACCAUAACAAUCACCAUUCCCAAGAUGUCCGCGGCGUUUGCAGGCCACUACCAAGCCAAGUUUAAGGACGGCGACGCGACCGUCACCAAGAACAUUAUGGAGGUCACGUUCGGCAAGCCGUCGACGUCGUAAGGGUUAGAAUAGUUAUGUACCUCUCCACUUACAUCUUUAUGAAAGUACUUUAUGAAAUAAACUCAAAUUGAAAUAUAA